UAACCCUUGGCCCCUCGGCCACCAGCCAAACCACGCUGCCGCCGGUCAGAUUCCCGACGACAAGGAGUCAAGGACGCUGAUGCCGUCGCUCAAAUUCAAUCCGGCUCAGAGGACGCCACCGAAGCCCAGGGGUGCCAAGACUUUCCCAGCUCUGUUCUGUCAAGUGAUGCAGAUGAUGCAUACGGGACUGUAACUGCUUCGACAUCCCGGGCAAAUAAAGGAAUAUAUCCAAUUUUCCGAGGAAGAAGGGGAUCUGACCUGCGUAGCUGUCUGUGUUCCGAGGAAGAAGGGCGCUGCCAAGUGCCAAGCAAGCAGCCAUGGCAUCCAACGAUGAGCAACGGCCACUACACCUUCUCUUCUUCCCGUUUGUCGCGCCGGGCCACCUCAUCCCGGUGGCCGACAUGGCCGCCCUCUUCGCCCCUCGCGGCGUCAAGUGCAGCAUCCUCGCCACUCCCGUCAACGCCGCGGUGAUCCGCUCCGCCGUUGACCGAGCCAACGACGCCUUCCGCAGCGCCGGCGCCCCGGCGAUCGACCUCUCCACCAUCCCCUUCCCCGACGUCGGGCUGCCGCCGGGCGUCGAGAGCGUCGUGGGCCUCUCCUCGGAGGCCGACAGGUACAUGUUGUUGGAAGCGAUCAAGCGGCUCCGGGAGCCCUUCGGCCGGUUCCUGGCCGACCACCGCCCCGACGCCGCCGUGGCCGAUAGCUUCUACCCGUGGGCUGCGGACGCCGCCGCCGAGCACGGCGUCCCGCGGCUGUCUUUCCUCGGGAGCAGCAUGUUCGGCCGCGCCUGCCACGACUCCCUGCUGCGCAACAACCCGCUGGAGGAGCUCGAUCCGGACGACACCGACGCCGUCGUAUCCCUGCCGGGGCUGCCGCACCGCGUCGCGCUGAGGAAGGGCCAGAUGAUGGACCCGAGGAAGAACGAGCUGGAGUGGGAGUUCGACAAGCUCGUGAACGCCGCCGACCGGAGGAGCUACGGCGAGCUCUUCAACAGCUUCGCCGAGCUAGAGCCGGGCUACGCCGAGCACUACCGCACGACGCUGGGCCGCCGAGUGUGGCUGGUAGGCCCGCUCGCGCACGCCAGGAAGGACUCGGCGGCGAGUGGCGGCGCCGGCGGGCUCGCGCCUGAGGCGGAAAGGUGCCUUCGGUGGCUCGACGGGAAGCCGGACGGCUCGGUCGUGUACGUCUCGUUCGGUACACUGGCGCGUGUCACGGCGGCGGAGCUGCGGGAGGCGGCGCGCGGCCUGCAGCAAUCCGGAAGGAAUUUUUUUUGGGUCAUGAGUGAAUCGGACACGGAGGGAUCACAAUGGAUGCCCGAAGGCUUCGCCGAACUCAUAGAUACCGAAGAGCGCGGCAUCAUCUUCCGGGGUUGGGCUCCACAGAUGCUCAUCCUCAACCACUCCGCGGUCGGUGGGUUCGUGACACACUGCGGGUGGAACUCGGUGCUCGAGGCCGUGAGCGCAGGCGUGCCGCUGGUGACGUGGCCUCGACACGCUGACCAGUUCUACAACGAGAUGCUCAUCUUGGAUGUGCUCAGGAUAGGAGUUGGUGUCGGUGCAGGGUGCUACGCGUCGAAGCUGGACGUCCGUGGUGAGGUAAUCAGUGGCGAGAAGAUCGCGGAAAGCAUUAACAAAGUGAUGGGUGAUGACGAGGAGGCCAGGAUGAUAAGGAAGAAGGCUAUAGAGCUAUGUGGGAAGGCCAGGAGCGCAACAGAGAAGGGCGGCUCUUCGUACAACGAUGUCGAACAGUUGAUUAAGGAGUUGAUGGCUCGUCGGAGCUCUGUAAAUGUUUGAGAACUAAUCUGGUGCUCAGUUGGCUUGUUUUGAGUUGAUGCAGGCGCGGGAAGUUUGACGUUUUACGUAUGACCUCAUAGGAACUUUUUUCACGUUUUUCGAUAAUCUAUAAUUGUUUGUAAUAUGGAAUGUUUGUAAUUGUGGGAGCCUAUUGUAGAUGGAAUGAUAUUCUUUGCGGUAAUAACUGCUAUAGUAGAGAGUACAAUACUUAUG